AUGAGCCCUGCCACAUCAUCUACUCAGAGCGUUCGCCAGUCCGAGUGGGACUACGCAACAAACAACUACCCCUCCGACGACUCGAGCGACUCUUUCUACUCAUACUCUAGCCAAACGCCUUCAUCCGCCACGGCCAUUCCGACACAAAAAGCUUCAAGCCCAAGCCUGUACUCUGGUCAGGGCAGUAGCUGGGAGGGACGGGCCGAGGCGGCUGCAGCGCUCGCGGAGUUGUAUCGCGAGUCGCGUAGGCAGGUCAGCGGUUCUGCGUGA